AUAUAUGAGAAGCCAAUGGGGUGUUAGGGAAAUGUGCUUGUGGACAGAGAGCUGCUUAUGAAGGUCGCAAGGAGAGUGUGUGUGAGGGCUGAGACGCGAGACAGAGAGAGACAGAGACUGACUGACUGACUGAGAGAAGAGACAGAGGUCGUUAUGUCAAAGGCUUCACGUGCAGCGAAAACUGUGAAGAAAGCCAAUGUUGCUGGUGUGAUUCGAGCAUUGGUGAGAGCGGGACAGGCAGCUCCGGGACCACCGCUUGGACCCAUCCUGGGACAGCGAGGUAUCCCCAUUGGCCAAUUUUGUAAGGAGUUCAAUGAUAAAACCAAAGAGUUGAAGGAAGGAAUCCCUCUACCUGUGAAAAUAUCUGUAAAGCCCGAUAGAACUUAUGAUUUAAAAAUUGGGCAGCCUCCGGUGUCUUAUUUCUUAAAGGCUGUGGCUGGGAUUGAAAAAGGAGCCUCGCAGACAGGUCAUGAAAUAGCAGGGAUGGUAACACUGAAGCAGCUGUAUGAGAUCGCUUUAGUAAAGUCGCAGGAUGAAGCUUUUGUAAUGCGAGAUAUGCAACUAAGAGAUGUGGUGAAAAGCAUCAUGGGAAGUGCCAAGUCACUGGGGAUCAAAGUAGUGAAAGAUUUGACAGCAGAGGAGUAUGAAAAGUUCUUAGAAGAGCGGAAACUUGUUCUCCAAGCUGCUGCCGACGCUCAAGCUGCAGAAGUUGCAGGUUCCAAAAAGAAAUGACACUCGGAUAAGACCCAUGGAACUUUGAGGAAGACGCUUAACAGGUUUUCAUUUGGAUCCAGUCUGUUAGGUUAAAUUAUAGCCCUGCCCCAAUAUUUGUAUAACAUUUUCAAAAUUUUUUGUAAUCGUUCGGAUCUGAUUUACAUGCAGCAGUUAAAGGAUAAGUAUAAGUGAAUGUAAAAUUGACGAGAGUGCUAUUCUAAGGACUUCUGCAAUUUACCUACGUUAUUUCUUUUUUAAUUCCAAGAUAUUAAGGGGUACGUGUGCUGUUUAUAUGAAUGAAUUUUGUUACACCACCACCUGCUGGUCCGUUUCAGACUGACGUAGUCAAGGAAGUUUUCCAGAAAAAGAAAGAAGGCUGGUUUGAUGUUCUUCUGGUUAGGAAAUAUGCGAAAAAAAACGUUAUCUGAGGUUUCUAAUGUUUUUCUUGAUAUCAGACCAGCCCUCUUUCUUUCUCAUGACGACAACUUCCUCGACUACUACAGCAAUUGUCAUCUGAUCGUUGGCCCAAAGGCCAAAUGAUUAGAUCAGCCUGAUCUUUAGCAUAGACAUAUGGGUGAAGACUCUGAUCUUAAAAAGUAUGGCUGCCUUUAUGGAAGGCUAAACUAUGUCCCUGCAAUGAAAGUAAAACAUUAUAGUAAAGUUAAUUUGCUUUGAUCGUCUUGAAACAAUAUAUAGAAGGCAUCUUGUGUGCAUCACCUUGUAUUGGCUAAGACGGGACCUAAUAUUGGACCACAAACCAAAAACUUCUGAAAAACUGCUCCCAAGAUUGAGAUGCAGAAAAGAAGGGUACAGCUUCGGGCACAAUCAGGAUGGAGUUUAUACUAUAUGCCUCCCACUGAAAGAUGGAGAAUUGUGAUUGAUGUGGCCUUUCCUCCAAUUGCACAUAAUUUAAAGCUUUUUGAAGUGUUUAUAAGCUAGAAGCUUUCUGAAGUCGGUUAACCGUACUGUAAGUGGGGUAAAAACUGCAAAUGUAUAUAAUGUAAUAUGAGUGACUGUGUGCAACAAGCUAUUUGCCACCAUUAAGCUGAAAAAUGCUUCAAUGGAUUUGUUGGAUUUUACAGGGGGAGUUUUGGGUAGAGAGCUUGGAGAUGUUCUAGACAAAAUAAAGAUAACACCGUUUUUCUUUAA